AUGGGAGACGCUUUGGAUAAUCAAAACAAUCGAAACAAUGCGAAUGACCCGAACAAUCAGGGUGUGGCACCUCUUGUGCCAAAAGUAGCUUUGUAUGAUUGGGCACAACCCACCGCUGAGAAUUUGGCAACUGCAAUUGCAGUCCCUCAGAUACAACAUCUGAAAAAUUUUCUGUCGAUUUAUGUCACACAAAGGCAACCAAAUGUGACACCAGAAGCAACAAGACUGUUGUUGUUUCCAUUCUCAGUGACAGGAGAAGCCAAAAUUUGGCUUAAUUCGCUCCCCAUAAAUUCCAUCACAACUUGGGAGGAAUUAGUCAAGCAGUUUUUGAAUAAGUUCUACCCACCUAAUAAGACUGCCAAGCAGGUUGAUGAGAUAUUGAGCUUAAGGCAGAAACCAGCUGAAAUAUUACAAGAAACGUGGGAGAGAUUCAAAGGUAUGUUGGUUAAAUAUCCACAUCAUAGAAUUCCAGAUCAGAUGUUGGGACACAAGUUUUACAUGGGAUUGGCGGACAACUUAAAGGCCAAUAUUGAUGCUUCAGUAGGUGGAGCAUUUUUAAUCAAGUCAUCUAGAGAGUCUAAGGUCCUGCUAGAUAAAAUGGCUCAAAACUCGGGAUGGAUGACAAGAGACUCCACCAUCACCCCUAUAGUUCACUCAGUAGCAUUGGACCCGAACAAUUUCAUAGCCGAGAAUAUGGCCACUCUGAUGACGCAAAUAAGUAUCCUCACCGAGAAGAUUGAUGAAUCAAGCCAGAAGCAGGUACACAUAGUUGACACGACUAAUGGGGGAUUAUGUAAACCAUGCAUUAACCAACCAUACAUGUCUUCGUGGAGUGGUGAAUGUGACAACCAAAACUAUCAAGAGAACAUUUAUGUGGGCAACUAUGGAGGCCAGAGGCAAGGUGGUCAGAAUUUGGGGCAGCAAAAUCAGUUGUAUAGACCAGCACAACAACAGUACAAUAACACCAACAAUUCUAGAGCUAUACGACCACAGGGUCAAGUAGUACCUUACCAAAGGAAACAAGGAUACAACCAGCAAAAUCAACAGCUAACUUAUCAACAAUCUCAACAACAGAUAGUGACACAAGAUGAUGGGCUAUCUGAAAUUAACGGAAAGCUGCAACAACUGAUUGGAUCCAAUGGAAAAAUGCAAGAGAAGGUUGAAGCACAUGAAUUAGCGAUAAAAGGCAUUGAGAUUCAAUUAGAGCAGAUAUCUAUGGCUCUAAAUAACCGCCCCAUGGGACUUUACCUGCGGGCACACAUGUCAAUCCAAAAGAGCAGAGAUCUUGAUUUAGAGCAAGAAAUCGCUCGUGAGAGCCGAUCGACUGAAACACUUAUUUCAGUGCCAAUUGAGGUAGAUGAGUCAACUAAGCUAACAAGAGUAAGAGUGCAACCAACCCAGGAGGAAAUAAACAAGGAAAAAGAGGUUGCGGAGGAGACUGAUAAAGUGCAAGAAAAGGCAUUAGAAAAAGUUUCACAGAAAACAAGCAACCUCCAGCACCUUUCCCGCAGAGGUAGCUAUGCAUUUGUCAAGGCAUUGUGUGAUUUGGGAGCAAGUAUAAAUCUGAUGCCAUUGUCUAUCUAUAAGAAGUUAGGCAUUAAAAAAGCAAGACCCACAUCCAUGUUACUACAGCUAGCUGACCGAACGGUAAAAAGGCCAUCCGAUUUACUUGACGAUGUUGUACAAGUUGGAAAAUUCGUGUUUCCAGCAGAUUUUGUCAUUCUGGACUGCAAGGUUGAUGAGGAGAUUCCCAUAAUUUUGGGAAGGCCAUUCUUGGCCACAGGAAGAGCUUUAAUUAAUUGUGAAACAUGGGAGCUAAAAAUGAGGCUGAAUAAUAAAGAAAUAACAUUUAAUGUGCAAAAGUCUAUGCGGAAACCUAGUGAGUUCACAAAUUGCUCUUUGUUAGACAUGAUGGAUGUAAUCAUGGAGGAAGAUGAUGAGGCACUUAAUGCAAAAGACCCUCUAACAGCCUACCUUAUAAACUUAGAAGAUGUAAAUGGUGAGGACUUGGAGGAAUGGGUGUUGGCUCUUUAA